GCCGCCACGGACACCCGGUGUUCAUCUCCCGCCCCCGCCACGGACACCCGGUGUUCAUUUCGGUCCGGCGCCACGGACACCCGGUAUUCACCUCCCGCCGGCGCCACGGACACCCGGUACUCAAUUCCCGCCGGCGCCACGGACACCCGGUACUCAAUUCCCGCCGGGGCCACUGAGGUCCGGUAUUCACCUCCGUUCGGCGCCGCGGACACCCGGUAUUCAUUUCGGUCCGGGGCCACUGACAUCCGCUGUUCACCUCCCGCCGUGGCCACAGACACCCGGUGCUCACCUCCCGCCUUGGCCACAGAUGCCCGGUGCUCACCUCCCGCCGGGGCCACGGACACCCGGUGCUCACCUCCCGCCGCGGUCCUCCGCACGGUCAUGAAACCUGUGGUCGUGGUCCACGGUGGCGGAGCCAGCAACUUCUCCUCGGAGCGCAAGGAGCGCGUGCGCCAGGGCAUCAUCCGCGCCGCCAAGAUGGGCUACAAGAUCCUCAGGGACGGGGGCAGCGCCGUGGACGCCGUGGAAUGCGCCGUGGCCAUCCUGGAAAACGACCCCGAGUUCAACGCAGGUUGUGGGUCUGUGCUGAACAUAAAUGGAGACAUUGAGAUGGAUGCCAGUAUCAUGGACGGGAAGGACCUGUCUUCAGGAGCAGUGUCGGCCGUGCGCUGUAUUGCCAACCCUGUGAAGCUCGCUCGGCUGGUUAUGGACAAGACACCUCAUUGCUUUCUGACUGACCAAGGGGCUGCAAAAUUCGCACAGGACAUGGGAGUCCAGCAAAUCCCCGUAGAAGAACUUAUAACCACAAGAAACAAAAAGCACCUGGAAAGAGAGAAGGAAGAGCUAGGUGCCCAGAAAGCAGACUGUGCAAAACACCUGGGAACUGUGGGUGCUGUUGCCAUGGACUGCAGAGGAAACCUGGCCUAUGCAACCUCUACUGGGGGCAUCGUGAAUAAAAUGGUUGGCCGAGUUGGAGACUCUCCAUGUAUAGGAUCUGGAGGUUACGCUGACAAUAACAUUGGAGCCAUUUCAACCACGGGGCAUGGAGAAAGCAUCCUGAAGGUGAAUCUGGCAAGACUCGCUCUCUUCCACGUAGAACAAGGAAAGUCAGUGGAGCAGGCUGCUGACCUGUCACUGGAGUACAUGAAGUCGAGAGUGAAAGGCUUAGGUGGCCUCAUCAUGAUCACCAAAACAGGAGAAUGGACAGCCAGAUGGACCUCCACCUCCAUGCCCUGGGCAGCCGCACAGGAUGGCAAGGUGUACGCCGGCAUCGACCUUAACGAGACCACCAUCACAGACAUGUGCUCUUGAAGACCAGGUUGUAGGUGCUAGCUCGGAGGUGAAGCUCAGCUGCGCAGUGUGGAGAUGUAGCUUGAUCAAUUAGAAGUAGACAUGGAAACCUCA